CUCCAGACCCUAUCAAAAUUGGGAAAAUAAUCUGUCCCAGUCCACUGAUUUUUUCGCUGUGUAACACUGGCCGAACAGCUGUUCUUGUUUUGGUUUUCCACGACGUGCGCUGGUUACGUGCUCUGCAGGCGGAUUGUGGAACUCGACGGCAGCAAUGAGCGGACUGCUUCCAAAGUUAUGGCGUCAAUGUGACGCAGUGUUUCUGCAACGGAUCAGCCAGGCUCUGAGCAGGGCCGGCGUCCAGCAGAGCCGGUGGAGUGGAGCACGUCUGCUGGCAACCAGUACGGACAAAAGUCCGGCCACCGGCCUGCGUGAGCUGCCGCACUGCAAUGUGGGCACCAUCGGUCACGUGGACCACGGCAAGACGACCCUGACCGCCGCCAUCACCAGGAUACAGUCGCAGAAGGGUCUGGCGGAGUACCUGUCCUACGACCAGAUCGAUCGGGCGCCCGAGGAGAAGGCGCGCGGCAUAACCAUAAAUGCCUGCCACAUUGGCUACGCCACCACGGAGCGGACAUACGCCCACACGGACUGUCCGGGUCAUGCGGACUACAUAAAGAACAUGAUCUCGGGGGCCUCCCAAAUGGAUGGCGCCAUCCUAGUGGUGGCCGCCACCGAUGGCCAGAUGCCGCAGACUCGCGAGCACCUGCUGCUGGCCAAACAGGUGGGCAUUCAGCGCAUUAUUGUCUUCAUAAACAAGGCCGAGCUGGUGGACCAGGAGGUGCUCGAGCUGGUGGAAAUUGAGAUGCGCGAGAUGUUAAGCGAUUUUGGUUUCGAUGGCGUGGGUAGCCCUGUGAUUUGUGGCUCGGCAUUGCUGGCUCUUCGCGAGGAUCAGUCGGAGUUCGGCGUUCCGUCCAUUGAGAAGCUAUUGAAGCAAUGCGACUCCUACAUACCAACCCCACAACGCGAUGUGCUCGCCCCCUUUAUCCUGCCCAUCGACAAUGCUUUUACGGUGCCCGGAAGAGGGACCGUGGUGGUGGGCACCAUUAAGAGGGGCACCAUUCCCCGGAACGCGGAUGCCGAUCUGCUGGGUUUCAAUCAAAACCUGAAGACGAGCAUCAGUGACAUACAGAUCUUCCGGAAGAGCGUACCGCAGGCGCAGGCCGGCGAGAAUGUGGGCGCACUGUUGCGAGGCAUCAAAAUAUCCGCCGUGGAACGAGGAAUGCUGCUCUGCGCGGCCAAUUCCGAAGAUAUUUCUAACCACUUUGAGGGUUCCAUGUACCUGCUAUCGCGGGCCGAGGGCGGUCGCGUUAAGCCCAUGCUCUCCAAGUAUAUUCAGCAGCUGUUUAGCCAGACGUGGAAUGUUCCCGCACGUAUUGAUAUAGUUCCCAGUGAGGCGAUGCUGAUGCCGGGUGAGCAUGGCCAGGUGCGCGUCACCCUGCUCCGAAAAAUGGUCAUGACGCCGGGCCAGGCCUUCACGAUUCGCGAGAAUGGAGCCACAGUGGCCACCGGAAUGGUGACGCAGCGACUGCCUUCCCUGGACCUGCCCAAAAACAAGCUGUCAAAAGCGCUCGUGGAUUGUUAACGACUCGGAAUUAUAUUUGUACAAAUUCACAACUUUC